AUGGAAUUUAAUCAACCCGGUGCCAUUGAGAAUGAAUCAUUUGGUAUAGCUUCCAAUGAACAAAAAGAGAAGAGAAAACAGAUGAUCCAGAACCUGGGUAAACUUGGUGAAUCUCAAAAGAAGAGAAAGGCAAUUGCUACCAACCAACCCUUAGAAAUAGAGAAAAUAGCUGAUUCAAAAACCGGGAAAAUCUCAAAAGCAACAAAAGGUACUUCCUGCAUUCCGAACGACUUUGUAACCACUUUACUCAUUCCUUGUUUUACAGAUGAUCUUUAUAAAGUAGCAAGGAGGAGUGAAAAAAUACAAUUAAGCUAUGUAAGCAGGUUUCAAGAAUAUGUGUAUCGCCAAUACUUCAUGAGUACGUUCAAGCAAGCAUCAUCACAACCAGUAAAAUCUCUGGAUGAUGGAGAAUUCAAUUUUAAACCACUUGAUUUAGACAUACAAAGCGCCAUAGUCAAGCACAUAGGAUCACAAGAUAUAGUGGCAGCUCUGGAUGUAAUUGAUGAACUCAGGAAUCUCCGAGUUUUUGUGGCAGAAGCAAUAGGGGAGGUUUUCAAAAGCCAAAUAUCACAAGAUAAACAAGGCACCAUCCAGAUUUCAGAGGAUCUUGAAGAACUAAUACACAUUCAGGAUCUCCUGUUGCCCCACGUGGAGAAAGAAGUGAAAAGAUUAGGUGGAAGAAAUUCAAUCACAAGUCACUGGGUUCAAGAAGAAGACAUUCCUCAUCUUAUCUACUUUGAAUAUGGAUCCUCUCCGAUAGAAAAAAUAACUCAACCUCUAAAGCACACACUUUCUUACCAGGAUUUUCUUCAUUUGAAGAUCCGAGGUAAAGUGCCUGGUAAAAUCAAAUUUCUGGAGGCAGUCUCCAAUUUUCUUGAACAUUUGUGCCAGUUGAAGUGGCCUGUGAGCUUAGAAAGCAAGGCUCGUACGGACUUGGUCAAGAGGCUAAAUCUUCUACUUCAUAAUUUUGGCUCAUUUGAAAUUGAGAAAGCAGCUGAUUUCAAAGAUAUUCACAAUGAUAGAAAUAUCUUCCGCCUCCAAAAUUCAAUCCUGAAGACGGUCCAUUUUAUGUACAAAAGAAAUUUGAUGACUGAAGAAGACUACACAGAAUUCUUCAAGAAUAAGAAAACCCUAGAAAACUCCACUAUUGGGUUUUUCUUUGAUGCUUAUGAAAAUCAACAUUCUAGUCACAAUGACUAUUUGAAUUUUCCAAGCAAAUAUGUCCAUUAUUCCCUUGGAAAGAAUGCUUUCCCCUACCAAGAUAUGACUGAAGUGCUUGAUUCUGAAGGAAAGAGAAGAGCACCAUAUGGUUUACUCAAGCUCAAUUUCAUCACUGAUGAUAGAUUCAAUACUAUUGCAGCAAUUAAAGAUUCUCCAGAGAAGAGCACUGACAAUGAGCUAGAAGAUAUUCAAGAAGAGUUUUCCCGAUUGAACAUCAAUGAUAACUUUUUCAAGAAAGACAAAUUAGUAGGUACAUUAGAAAGCAAGUUAGCAACAGAUCACUUGCCAGACCAGCGCUCAGAGGAGCUGAACAUGGAGAUACAGAAAGCAAAGAAUCAUCUCACAGAUAUAGCCAAACUCUUUGUGAAAAUUGGGGACCUUAAAAACAUCAAAGGAAAGGAAAUAUACCGCAAUAUUCUAUUCUUGAUUUUAGAUUUUGUCACAGAAAACUAUGGGAAAGAUUUGUUAGAAGAAGAGAGGAUUGGCGGCAAUUUCAUGGAAAAAUUCAAAGCAAUGUCUUACAGUAGUGGGAUCCGGGCAAGGUUACAAAGCGUCAAACAAGAUCUCCCAUGGUUUGGAAACAUUGCAAAAGUCACCCUGCCCUCCCCAACAUUGGAACAAGUGAUUGAUUUUUCUGAUAAGAUAAAAAUACUCCUCAAAGAGCAGGAAGAAUUAAACUUGUCUGCCAAAGGUUCUGAACUGAAGAAUUAUAUGAUGGUUGAGGAGAUCAAUGAUAUGGUUUAUCGUCUCACCAAACAUAACAACUUGAAACUACAUAUAGACAGCGAAGAGGAGUGGAUGGCAAGAUAUGCAUGGGAUUAA